AUGGUUCUUACCGGAAGCUGCUUUUGCGGAACUAUACAGUUCACCAUCAAAGCAGACCCUGUCGCUGCUUUUCGCUGUCACUGCCUGGAUUGCCGAAAGAUCUCUGGCAGCACCAACAGCACCAACCUCAUCGUUCCCGUCCCACUAUUCAGUACUACGAGCGGUAACUUGAAGAUGUUUUCUAAAACCGGUCCCAGUGGCAGCUCCGCUACAAACUUCUUCUGUGGUGACUGUGGCGUCACCAUUUACCGCCACGGGCCUGCAACUCCCGACGUCUACUACGUCAAAUCUGGAACACUUGACGAUGAGGGUGCGCUCAAAGGUCUCUGUAAGCCUCAAAUGGAGCUGUUUGCCAAGCGCAGGAUCCCAUGGGUCCCUCUAAUUGAUGGAGCGGAAGUCAAACAGGAGCUGCUAAAGUAG